AACACCAAGUGCGUAAAUCCAGUCACUGCUCUGAUUAGAUCUUUACCUUGCCGAGUGAUUGCUUUGAUUCCUACGAUUCCAGUGAUUCUGAUAGGGACCCAAAACGCUGCUUUUGCUAUUAUUUUUGUGCUUCUUGCCUGUUAUAGCUCGCAAAGCUGAGUCAAUCUGAGCAUGACUUGGGGGAGACGAGGCUCACUUGAUGACAAGAGGCAGAGGGAGGGUGAAGAAGGUGUGGUUGAGGUGGGCUAAGGCAGUGAGGAACUGGUAAGGGAGGACUUCUUCAAAAGCGUGCUGGGUUAGGGACAUGCAAUGAGCAUAGACUGUUUUGCAAGCCAAGUCAAACGAACAUAAGUUGGCUAAUGAAUAAUUUCAUCCACAGGAGGAGAAUAACUAAAUCUAUAGUACGAUGAUUUAUUCAAAGCUUGCUGCUUUUAAUGGUGAGUGAUUUUCUUAUUCACUGCAAACCAAAUAAUUAAGUUCACUAACUGGAGAUGGGGCAGAGAAAAGAAAACAAGAGAAAAUCAAUAAGCAUUUAGCAUGCGUUGCGAGGAUUUUAAUGGAGGGAAAUGGGUACUUUCUCACCUGUUUAACUUCAGAUUUUUAGAUCCUGCAAUUAUUUUUCGAUUAAACAACUGUAAUCACGUUAUUAACUCUCCAAAUUUUUGCUCUCCACAACUUCUGGAGCUUCGGUUGUUGAUUAACUUUUUUGUCUUUAAUUACCUAUCAAUUUUUUAUCUGAAGUAUUAGUAAAGAACAUUUGCUCCCUUCGUUAAUUUUCGGCACAAAUCCAAACACACAAUCGAGUUUCAGUCCUUGAAAUUGGGGGAAAUUCCUCUUCUUCUUCUUCUUCCUUUGGUGCUUUUCGCGCAAUUCCAUGAGAAACCGAGGUCUGAUCCGAAAUAAGAACAAUUAAGCACGGGCAGCUUCUUCUUUCUUCUUAUAUUAGCGCUGAGCUUAUUUUCAGAAGAGGAAAUUGCUCGCAGACAGAGGAGCUCGUCGAGGUCUGACGAAGAAACUCAUGACUGGAGAAUGCUACAAGAAGAAGAAGAAGAAGAAGAAGAAGAAGCGAGCUGUAGCAGAGCAGAGUGACGUGUCGCUGACGUGGUAUGGUGGCUUGAACUUUUGCAUUUUAAUUGGAUGAGCUCAUUGAUUACGUGGUGGAGACACAGUCAAGGAAGUAGUAAUGGUCAAGGUAUCAAAGUCGUUUCGAAUCGCGACAAAAGAGGAAAACCAAAUAUCCUAUACCAAACAAUUUCGAAGCUUUCAAACGAUCAUUUAUCUGAUUCCAAACUCUUCUCUCAUUAAUCUAAGUCAAAGAGGAGGACGAGAAGAAGAAGAAGAAGAAGAAAACCUCCAUUCCCUUUCAAGAUGGUAACUGAAAGCCCAAGGUUCACCGUGGAUGAAGCUCUUCUGGCCACAGGAUUUGGCAAAUUCCAACUUUUUCUGCUUGCUUAUGCUGGCAUGGGUUGGAUUUCAGAAGCAAUGGAAAUGAUGCUUCUCUCGUUUGUAGGACCUGCAGUUCAGUCAUUUUGGGGUCUAUCUUCUCAUCAAGAGAGCCUGAUAACCACUGUUGUUUUCGCUGGCAUGUUAGUUGGGGCAUAUUCAUGGGGUGUUGUUUCAGACAAAUAUGGACGGAGGAAAGGAUUCAUCAUUACUGCGGUGGUGACUUCUUUGGCUGGUUUUCUGAGUGCCUUUUCCCCCAAUUAUAUCUCGUUGGUUAUUACUCGUUGUUUGGUUGGCCUUGGUUUGGGAGGAGGCCCUGUGCUGUCAUCCUGGUUUCUGGAGUUUAUUCCGGCUCCAAACAGAGGCACAUGGAUGGUUAUUUUUUCAGCAUUUUGGACUGUUGGAACACUUUUUGAGGCUUCACUAGCAUGGUUAAUUAUGCCAAGAUUUGGUUGGAGAUGGUUACUUGCACUGUCUUCUCUUCCUUCCUCACUGCUUCUCAUAUUUUAUAAAAUGACACCAGAGUCACCAAGAUAUUUAUGUUUGCAAGAUAGAAAGACAGAGGCAGUUAGUGUUUUAGAGAAAAUAGGAAAAACAAAUGGAAGGACACUGCCUUCUGGGAUUCUUGUUUCUGAUCAUGAUAGUGCUGAACCACAUGGAAAAACGCAUUUGCUUUCGCCUACAAGAAAUCAAGAGCAAACUCUUCAGGGGAGUUUUGAUUCUAAAGUGGAUUCUAAAGCAGGUGGCAUGUCUUCAUUAUUAAUGCUAUUUACACCAGAAUUACUUAAGCCAACCUUGCUUUUAUGGGUAGUAUUUUUUGGAAAUGCAUUUGCAUAUUAUGGCCUUGUGUUGCUGACUACUGAACUUAGCAACGGACAGCAGAUCUGUAAAUCAGUUAAGUUGCAGGCAGAAAAGUCCCAGGAUGUUAAUUAUAAAGAUGUUUUCAUCACCAGUUUUGCAGAGUUUCCUGGGCUGCUUAUAGCAGCUGCCACAGUUGACAGACUUGGUCGUAAACUUUCUAUGUCAGCUAUGUUCUUCAGCUGUUGCAUUUUCCUGCUCCCAUUAGCAUUUCAUCAGCCUGAAGGUUUAACAACAAUUCUUCUUUUUGGUGCUCGCGUAUGCAUUACAGGAACUUUUACAGUUGCAUAUAUAUAUGCUCCAGAGGUAUAUCCAACUUCAGUGAGAUCAACUGGUGUUGGAGUGGCUAGCUCGGUAGGAAGAAUUGGUGGAAUGCUUUGCCCUCUAGUGGCCAUAGGCUUAAUACAAGGAUGUCAUCGAGUUGCAGCAAUUAUUUUGUUCGGGGCUGUAAGUUUCCUGUCAGGGAUUUGUAUAUUGCUUUUUCCAUUUGAAACCAAGGGACGUGAUUUGAGUGAUACGGUUUCUGGUACAAAACAAAUAGAUCCACCGAAAAAGCAAAAGCAACUCCCUUUACAAGUCUAAAUGCUAAAUUGCCUGCCAGUCCAUAUAAUACAUGAUUGAUUCUUCACAGGAAAAAAGAAGUUUUUGGUCUGAGUGCUUUCCUCUUUAUGCUCAAUGAGAUCUUAAAUUAGAAUAGUUUUAGUAUUGAGGAAGAUUUUUGUAAUGACAAUUAUCUUUAAUAUAUUUAGGUUAUUUGGGUAGGUUUCGAUUUCUAUCAGAGAGUUAGAAAUUUUUCAUUUCACUUUUAAUUACUUUGAUAUUUUCUUUAUUACUUGUAAAUAAGGUUGAAAUCAGUGCCAAUAUAGAGACCACUAACAUAGACAGUAAUGGAGAAUGUUGAAUUGAAAACUCUUA